AUGUCAAAGACACAAACAUUGCGUGCAUCCGACCACCAGAAUGAUGGUCGUCCGCACGUCUUGCUAGCAUGCACAGGAUCCGUCGCGACCAUCAAAAUACCUCUGAUCAUUGAAGCCCUUUCGCAUCAUGACAUUUCCAUGCGCUUGAUAUUAUCCUCAUCAGCCAGCCAAUUUCUCCGAGGACAAUCUGCCGAACAACCUUCUAUUUCAUCUCUUCUCGAAAUACCCAAUCUCGAAGCUGUAUACACAGACGAAGAUGAAUGGUCCCAGCCUUGGACUCGAGGUGCAGACAUUCUACACAUCGAGCUACGGCGCUGGGCCGACAUAAUGAUAAUAGCUCCUCUUUCCGCAAAUUCCAUGGCCAAAAUGGUUGCUGGUAUGGCUGACAGUCUGGUCAUGUCUGUGGUACGCGCUUGGGACACGACUGCUUUGUUGGAUGCGCAACGACCGAACCUACCUUCAUCGAUUCGUACAUCGACAGGGAAGAAGCCAUUGUUGGUUGCUCCUGCUAUGAACACUGCCAUGUGGAUUCAUCCUGUUACUCACAAGCAAGCUGCCGUUCUGGAACAAGAAUGGGGGAUUGACGCUGGAGGCUGGAUCAGAUUCAUCAGGCCUGUUGAGAAGGAGUUGGCAUGUGGUGACACUGGAGGAGGCGCCAUGCGUGAAUGGAAAGAUGUCGUUACCAUCAUCCGCCAAUAUCUGGAUGUCGAAGCUCCCAGUGCUACAGAUAGACGGAUACCGUAA